CCCGUCCUGCCCUGCCCUGCCCGGUCCGGCCCUGCCCGUCCCCGCCCGCACACGGCAAUGUCGGACAGAGCGGAGGGGCCUGCGGAGGGCCCCUCUGGCUCCCCCGCCCACGACUCUGCCGGUGUCUCCGAGCCACGGAUCAUCAAAGUCACGGUGAAGACUCCCAAGGAGAAGGAGGAGUUCGCCGUGUCCGAGACCAGCAGCAUCCGGCAGUUGUCAGUCAACCCAAGGCAUGCUGGAGAGGAGAGUUGGAAGCACAAAAGGUCAAGAUCACAGUUCAAGGAAGAAAUCUCUAAGCGUUUCAAGUCCCAUACUGAUCAGCUUGUGUUGAUAUUUGCUGGAAAAAUUUUAAAAGAUCAAGAUACUUUGACUCAGCAUGGAAUUCAUGAUGGACUCACUGUUCACCUGGUUAUCAAAACACAAAACAGAUCACAAGACUACCCAGCUCAACAGGCAAACACCACUGGGAGUACUGCUACUACAUCAACAUCAAGCAGUAGCACCUCAACAUCAACAUCAACAAAUAGCAAUCCCUUUGGCUUGGGUGGCCUUGGAGGUUUGGCAGGCCUGAGUAGCCUGGGCUUAAAUACUUCAAACUUCUCGGAGUUGCAAAGUCAGAUGCAACGACAACUUAUGUCCAACCCGGAAAUGAUGGUUCAGAUAAUGGAGAAUCCAUUUGUUCAGAGCAUGCUUUCAAAUCCCGACCUGAUGAGGCAGUUAAUUAUGGCUAACCCUCAAAUGCAGCAACUGAUACAGAGAAAUCCAGAAAUCAGUCACAUGCUGAAUAAUCCAGAUAUAAUGAGACAGACACUAGAGCUUGCUAGAAACCCUGCAAUGAUGCAGGAAAUGAUGCGAAACCAGGACCGAGCGUUGAGCAACCUUGAAAGUAUACCAGGGGGAUACAAUGCCUUGCGGCGUAUGUACACAGACAUUCAGGAGCCAAUACUGAAUGCAGCACAGGAGCAGUUUGGAGGUAACCCAUUUGCUUCUUUGGUAAGCAAUGCAUCAGCAGGAGGGGACAAUCAGCCAUCUCGUACAGAAAAUAGAGAUCCUCUGCCAAAUCCAUGGGCUCCUCAGCCUAGCUCACAGGCUUCCACAACAAAUACUGGCACUGGUGGUGAGAGCAGUGGCAGUAGUACUGCUGAAAAUAGCACUUCAGGCACAACGGGACAGAACUCAACUGGACCGAACUUGGGACCUGGGCUUGGAGCUGGUAUGUUCAACACACCAGGAAUGCAGAGCUUAUUACAGCAGAUAACAGAAAACCCACAACUUAUGCAGAAUAUGUUGUCUGCACCCUACAUGAGAAGCAUGAUGCAAUCAUUAAGCCAGAAUCCUGAUCUUGCAGUACAGAUGAUGUUGAAUAAUCCUUUAUUUGUUGGAAAUCCUCAACUUCAGGAACAAAUGAGACAACAACUUCCAACUUUCCUUCAGCAAAUGCAGAAUCCUGAUACAUUAUCAGCUAUGUCAAACCCCAGAGCAAUGCAGGCUCUGCUACAGAUUCAGCAGGGCUUGCAGACAUUAGCAACAGAAGCACCGGGGCUUAUACCAGGGUUUAAUCCUGGCUUGGGUGGAGUGGGAAGCAGCGGAGCACCUACAGCAUCCACUGCACCUAGUUCUGUUUCCACUGAAAAUACAAAUCCAGCUUCAGGAACUGCUGAACCUGGUCACCAGCAGUUUGUUCACCAGAUGUUGCAGGCACUUGCUGGUGCAAAUGCACAGGUGGAGCUCCGUGCACUCCAGAUGGUCACUGACAGAAAGGUUGACACCUCUUCCUCAUCUCCCCUGCCUGUCUUUCCUGAAGAGACUGUAUCCUUCCAUUCCAACACUCCAGUCAUAGGAGUUGCCACCAUAUUUCCAUGAUGCCAGUGAGAUAGGAGACUUGCAGGCAUGCAUUUGUCUCUACUUUAAUCCUUGUGCUGAAUGUGUUAGGAUAGAUGCAUUUAAGUUGGGUCCCUCAGAAAAUUACCUUCUCUCUGGAGUGGCUAGAAUCCCUUUGUGCUGCCCUCCAGGUGUUCUCCUGCUGACCUGCAAUCGCUCUCCAGACUCUGGGCAUCUCUUGCUGGCUCUGGCACCACCUAACUGAUAUAAAUAGGAUGGCAGGUCAUCCACAUCUUAUCACUAUUUAAUAGGAUGAUACCUCCUUCCUCCCAGUCAUAAAUUUAAAGCUGUAUCAAUGACUGCUAAUCCUUUACCAAAGGCCCUCCCUUCCUUUUUAGAGAGGUUAUGCUUCUGAUCCCAUCUGAUACCAGCAAGAAUGGUGCUAUCUUAGCUAUCCCACUGUCAAACAAUCCUAAAUUUUGGCAGUGACAUGAGCCUCAGAGCCACAUGUUAAUAAAUUCAAUCCAUUUGUUUUUUUCAAUCACUACCUGCACAUGGAAUAAUGGAGAAAAAAAUAACCUGUGCCCCUCAAUUCCCUCACCAGUUGCCCCAAGGCUCUGAAGUCUCUUGAUGGCCUGUGGACUGACCACUUGUGACUUCAUAAUCAUUCUUAUGGAGGCUCAGCAGGGGUUAGUAGUCUGAGUACUGUACCAGGCUGGGAAAUUUCCUGGUGACUUCCUUAACCUUGACCCCAGGGGUGCAGCAAACUUCCUUAAGGGCAAUAUCCUUCCAAGCAUAUUGGACCUUCCCUUAGAGGGGAACAAUGAUUUUCUUUCUUAUGGAACUGAUCUUGUUAUGAAAUGUAGGCCUGUCCGGCCCUUUCCUGGAGAGGGACCUUCAUCCUCAUCAUCCAUUGCAUGACCUUCCUUACCUGUAACUGUUGUACAGAGAGACACCUAAAGGGACGGUGAGAUAGGCAAGGAGGCAUCUUGGCCUGUUGUCCCAAACAAGUACUUGCCUCUGUUCAUCAUUUCAUUCUGACCUUCAGGCAGACAGAGGUUACAGGACCCUUUGAUAAGGAAGGAUAGAGAGCAAGUAGUUUCUGUAGAAUAAUCUCUACUUUUUUACAGUUAUUUUCACGGUGAUUAUUAGGAUCUCCAAAGAAACUAAUUCAACUUAAGUGUGCCAUACUGGGACCUUGAAUUUAAAAAGUUCAGACUCCCUCAUCAUUCAAUAGGCAGAUCUUUCUGAGAAUACAGUCCGUGACAUCCAAAAAGUCUGUCAGAUGGAAGGGCAAGUGUGUUGUGGGGAAGAGAACAGUUUUUACCAAGACACUAAAUGAAUCUAACUAGCACAAAUACUUUCUCAAGACAUCAUUCAGCUCACCCUUUUUAAGCAUUGCAGUUGCACGUUACAAACUAAGAGACAAUACAUUUGGAGUAAAAUUUCACUGCAAUUCAGCAGAAGAUGUAAGUUUGACCUAAAUUUUAUACUGAUCCUUUAGCUAAGCUUACUUCUUGAAGUAGAAUCCAUAUUUAUCAGUAACUGCUGUCAACUAAACUAGCUUUAUUGUGGUAAAAACACUGAGCUCUUUUUUAAUAGAAGUUUUAGUUUUAUCUGAAAAUAUAGCAAGCAGAACACGCUUUAUAGAGAGGAUAGACUUUUUAUUUCGUCUUUAAAGAUGAAAGAAAAGCCACACUUACUGGUUUAAGAUUGUUACAAUGUUUCUCUUUGUUCACCCCUCCCCACUUCUCCCCCUUGCCCUUUUAUCCAUCUCUCUUUAAAAUUCUCUCUUCAGAGUUAUCAUCUACCUCUUCUUUCAGAUGAACAUUUAGAUAACAUGUACUUGAAAUCUGCAGCUUGCAUUUUUGGACCAGAAGGGCAUGUGUGCCUGAAGGUUGUCUCUUCAUUUUCCUGCUUUCUUCUUUUCUUCUGCUGUGGAUCAAGUGACCUGACAGGAUUGUCUGCAAAACUGCCUUGCCUGAUCAUCAAACUCCUGCUAGAAAAUAUAACUGAUGCCAAAACAAAGAAAUCUAAAAGUUAUGAUGAUCUGAACUGACAGAUAUCAUUUAAAAGACUCAGAAUGCAUGCAUUCAGUAUUGGCAAUACGACUGUAAAGUGGCUAGUUUUGUAAAGGAUGUGGUGUGCCUAAUUAUCUUCUGCAUUUAGUGACUGCAUAUACGGGGUUGACCCUGACUGGAUGCCAGGCACCCACCAAAGCUACUGUAUCUCUCCACUCUGCAGCUGGACAUGGGCAAGAAAAUAUAAAAAAUGGUUCAUGGGUUGAGAUAAGAACUGGGAGAGAUUGCUCAUCAAAUACUGUCAUAGGAAAAACAGGCUGUAAUUAGAUAUAUUAGUUGAAUUUAUUAGUAAUGAAAUCAGAGCAGGAUAAUGGGGAGUAUAAAAGCAAUUUCCUCCUAUUACUCCCUCCUCUCUAGCUCUACCUCCUAUCCCCAUCAGUGCAGGGAGACAGGGAAUAGGGGUUAUGGUCAGUUCAUCACAAGUUUUUUCUGCCACUGCUUAGGGAGAGUUAUUCCCCUGCUCCAGCAGGGAGUCCCUGCCAUGGGAGACAGUUCUCCAAGAACUUCUCCAACAUCUCAGUCCAUCUCAUGGACAAGAGCUCUCUACAAACUGUUGCAGUGUGGGUCACCUGGGGUGCAGUCCUUCUUGAACAGGCUGCUCUAGUGUGGUCCCCCACAAAGUCACAUCCGACAGGAAACCUGCUCCAGCAUGGGCUUCUCUCUCCACAGGUGUGCAGGUCCCUGUCAGGACUCUGCUCCAGCACAGGUUUCUCACAGGGUGACAGCCUCUUCUCAGGCAUACACCUGCUCCAGCCUGGGGCUCCUCCACCAGCUGCAGGUGGAUCUCUGCAUCCCCAUGGACCUCCAUGGGCUGCAGGGCCACAGCUGCCUUGCCAUGGGCCACGCCAGGGGCUGCAGCAGAACCUCAGCGCUGGUGCAUGAAACACCUCCUCCCUCUCUUUCUGCACUGACCUUGGUGACUGUAGGGCUGUUCCUCUCACGUGUUUUCACCCUGUUCUUAUCUGGCUGCAGUUACAUCUGUACAAUCAUGUUUUUUCCCCCCAGAUUUCUUAAAUCUGUUACCACAGGAGCAUUGCCACCAUUUCUGACUGGCCCAGCCUUGGCCAGCAAUUCCCAUCUCUCUGGGAGCCAGCUGGAUUGGUUCUAGAGGGGGUGGAGGAAGUUUCCAGCAGAUUCUCACAGAAGUCCCGCCUGUAGCAUCCCCGUCCCCAGUACCACAACCUGGCAUAAUAAAAUAAAUAUUAUUAGUUAGAAAAAUCAAAACACCUAUCAAUUUAUAGUUGAGAUGGCAGGCAGCUAGUCUGUAUAGAUAGCUUGCGCAGUUUGGGAUAGAUUGCAUUUAAUUUUUGUAUCCUCAUUAUAGCACUGAAAAAUGUUUAUGCUGUAGUAGGUACAGUAUUUACACAGCAUGUUACUAACUGUGCUCAGCAUAAAUUCAUGAGGAUGUAUAGUGCAUGCACCUUGCAUAGAUAAUUUGUGCUUAAAGACAGAAAAAGCAAUUUCUGAUUCCAGGUGUUUCCUCCUGAGUUUUUGCUGCAUUUGCUAAAUACAUUUCAAAAUACACACACAGCACUUGCAUCCAGAUAAACUGUGCUAAAUAUUAAUAGCCUGCUCAACUAACCUGAAUACAACAUCCCUAGAAUAGAGGUGUUAGUUUAAAAACAGCAACAACAAAACCAAAAAAUAUACCCUCACAACAAAAAAAACAAAUUAAACCAAAACCAAGUAAAUGAAAUGUUGUAGAAUCGUUUUUGGGCAGGGAUUAUUCUGCUACCUUUUUCUUCCAAGGCACACGUGCACAGCUUGAUUAAAAUCUGAGAGUAGUUUUAUGUUGUUAGUAUUGCGAUAAUUCACAUCUUAAUCUAUUAAUUUGUAAUGUAUGGAAUAUAACUGAACAGAAAUAAUGGUUCAUUGUCUUUCAGAAUAGCAGGUAACAGACAACUGAUUAGGUUGACAGCAACCUUCUUUGCAGUAUCUUUUAAGUAAAAGCAAAAUGCAAAUGUAGUAAAAGGGUAAGGGAAGGAAAUGUUCCCAACAUAGAAGCAAAGACUAAGAAAUACCCUGACCUAUCUGAAGAAGCAUGGACUGCCUGUAAGUAUGAAUUUUGUUUAGAAGCAUUCCAAAAUCCAAGUUGCUUACAUAAUACUCUCUGAAAGAGAAUUAUUUUUAACUGUCGAGUACAAUUUUUUGGUAGUGGUGAAACCACUUUGAGAGUAUUCUGUAAACGUGGACAAGCAAAUCUGAAAAAUCAGUCUGGCCUUCUCAGAACUCACACUUUAAAAUGU